GGACAACUAUAAAGGGUCUAUUUGGUGCUGAAUAAGUGGACAGCAUGACGACCCUGGUCAAGUCAGCGCUGGUCGGCGACAUCACUGCGCUGCAUAUCGCUGUUGUUGGAACAGGUGCUGCUGCGGUGGAGUUGGUGCUUGCAGGGUGCGGGCCGCAGCUGCUUGCUUACGACCUUCGCAGCGGAGAUCUUGCAGCAGCCCACCGAGUUCUUGACGGUUACCGUAUCCACGGUAUCAACACCUUCCCUGGCCCUCCGGAGCCCGAAUCACCGGGAGAGCCUGCGUGCAACAGCACCUGGGUCGUUGUCUACGGCGACCGCUGGCUACAUGUGCUGCGGCUCUCGCGGCUACGGCCACGCGCUACCGAGUCCGCACGUGCAAAUGAGUUCGACAGCAGCAGUGUUUCGAGCGUGUCCGUAGGGCUGGUGGAGGCGGUGCGGUUGCCCGUGCGCCCGGCGUGGAUCCUGGCUGCGUAUGUCGUGCCGCCAGCAAGCUUUGGGCACGGCAAUGGCGUGCAUGGGGAAGGGAGUCAGCAGCAAGCGCCAAUGACGUUGGCACUGGCACUCGCAGACAACACGGCAGAGAUCUGGCAACUGCAGCGGGUCCCGCAGGCGGGGCGGCAAGGGCAGGAGGGCGGUGGCAGUGCAGUUGCGUCCAUUGCUACAGCCGCUACAGCCUUCGCGGCUGAGGCCACUGCCGCUACACCACAUUUGGCAGUGGUGCGGGGCUCGCUGCUGCAGGCGGUGUGGCUGGUGGGGGCGGCGUGCGAGUCACGCAUGCAGCUGUUCAGUGCGGCCGUGCAGGACACGUGGCGGCUGGGUGGAUCUGCCAAAGUCGCUGCAAAUGGCAGCAGCUGUGACGCCUCUGGUGAAGACGUGCGGCUUUGGAUAGCAGCAGGCACGGUGUUCAACGAGGUGCUGCUGUGGCGCCUGCCGCUGCUGCCGCUGCCGGGACUGGGCGGCGCCGCCGCUGGUGCCAGUGAUUGCACAGCCUCAGCGGAUGCCGUAACGUCACCAGCUCAACCAGCGGUGCCAGCGGACAGGCUGCAGCGCCUGGCUAGCAGGUGGGAGCGCAUUGAGUCGGCCUUGGGGCGCAUGGAGCGCAACGGGGGUGUCACGGCACCCACAAGCCAAGCAGGUGCUGCGCGCCCGGCGGCAGGCUUACUAGCUAGGUCGCGGCAGACGCUACGCCCGGUGCUGUCUGUACGGUGCCCCGUGUGGUUCGUGUGCCAGGGCCACGAGGGGUCGCUGUUCGACGUGCGCUGGAUUCGGAACCAAUGGGAGGGCUUUGGUCAUCCAGCAAAAUCUUCCUCCAGCACGGCGUGCGGGGCAGGUGGCGGUGGGGGCGGCGGCGGCAGCAGCGGCAACAGCACAAGCAGCUCCAGCAGCUGGCUGCUGGCUACAGCAGCCGACGACCGGUCCGCACGGUUGUGGACAUUGCCCGACCUGACCCACCUGGAGCAGCCGCAGCAGCUGCAGUCGCAGCACAAGUCCAAGGGCGCAGCCGGUCAGGAUUGUGGGAUGGCAGCUGGAGGCCAACCAGGCCAUCCGCCUGGCGCUCAGCUUGGGACGGUCCUGGCACCUGUUCGCACGCUGUGGGGCCAUUCCGCUCGUGUGUGGUGCUGUGCGGCCGUGCCCACUGCGGCUGCUGUCCCUGGCGCCAACCUGCAGCCCGGUGUAGCCUCCGUAGUUCAGGCCCCUCCGCUACUGCUGGUCACUGGGUCGGAGGACUGCACUGUGAGGCUGUGGGAUGCGAGCUCGGGCCACUGCCUGAGUGUGCUCCACGGCCACCGUGGCCGCGGCAUUUGGCGCUGCGCGCUGCUGCCGCCGGCAGGCGAGCGCAGGGCCGGGAGCGGUCAAGACACUGGGUUUGGCGCCGUGCUGGCUACGGCCGGCGCAGACAGCGCUAUCCGUCUGUGGGCGCUGAGCGAGUGGCUGCCUGCGGACGUGCUCCGCCAUGCCGCCGUGCCAGGGUCAGCGUCAUGCAUGGGGGCGGCAGCCGGGGAUCUUAGUGUUGCUACGGCAGCACUAGGCGCUGCAGCAGGCGCGGCGGAUGCCCAAUUGCCUACGGCGAGUACCAGUGCAGCCGCGACGCAUGGAGCUUCCGUCACGAUGACCAUUGCGCCCCCUGCGGCCAGCUGCAUGCGGACAGCCGCUGGCGUGGACGGCAUCCGCUGCAUGGCCCUGCACCUGCUGCCUCAGCUCUUGGCUGCCCCGGGCCGCGCCCAGCUCCCGCAACGCUACGUGCUGUACGUGGGCAGCUACAGCGGCAGCCUACACCGCCUGUUGCUGCCGCCGCCGGGCGGCGGGGACGCGGCGGAGGCAGACAUGGGCGCCCACGCGCCAGGGCCGCGGUCCCCUGGGACUGGGCACGGAGGUUGGCAGCUCCUCUACAACCCCGAGCGCACGGCUGGGCAAGCAGAGCGCACGGAGGAAGGCACGGGCGGUGGUGGCAAGGGCAUGGGAGCCAUCACAUGCCUCGAGGUGUGCGCAGUCGCGGCCGCCUCGCCGUCGCACCGGCAGGCCUCAGGGGAAGCCGCACCCAGCACAGUUACCGACGGGGCUCAAGGCAGCGGCAGCGGUGCUGGUGGCGGGGCCUGGGUCCUCAUCGGCCACAACAGUGGCCAAGCCACAGUGCUUGGAGUGGACGGCAACGCUGCCGAUGGGCCACAGCCUCAAGAGAAAGCACCAGGCUGCUCGGAAGAUGCGCUGGCAGCAGCAGCGGCGCCGGAGGCAGCGACGGCGAUGGUGCUGGCCUCCUGGCGCGCCACCCGCACUGGCGCAGUGAUCGCGGCGUGGUGGAUGCGUGCGCUGGGGCGGCACGUGGUAGCCACCGUGGGCGGAGACGCCGCGGCGGUGAGACUAUGGCGGCUUCCGGCUCCCGGGGUUUCGUUGGAUAGCAGGAGCAGCGGUGCAGAGGAUGGCCCCGGCGGGAGUUGCAGCGUGCGACGCCUGUUGGCUCCAAUGCUGGCGGCGGUGGCGCAGUCGCCGCUGCCGGGCCGGCUGCUGGUGGCGGACGUGUGCUCGCUACAGUUGCUGGAGCCGCGGGCUGGCAGUAGCAGUGCCUGUAGCAGCAGGGAUGCUGGUGUGCUGCUGGCAGGCGACCAGCACGGCAACCUGGUGGCCUUCCUCAUACCGCCACCCGUGUGGCAACAGCUGACAACCACGUCAUCAACAGUGGCCGUGCCACCGGCAGCUGUCCACCCGGAACAGCCAACGGCCGUAGGGAUUUCAGCAGUCCCUGAAGGCAUCGGUGGUUGCGCGGCUGUGGGUUCCCUUUCCUCGGCUCAAGCGCAGCAGGAGCCGGUGCAGCUGCCAGUGCUCGCAGUUUUUCGGGGUGCGCUGGGGCCUGCGGCUGCCAGCUGGGUGCACGCACAGGCACCGGCGCCGGGCACUGACAGCCUCGGGGACUUUGUGGCGGCUGGGCGGGAGGGUGUGCUCGUGCGCCUGCGCGUCUGCCGCACCACGACAGGCCUCACCGCGACAGCGGCGGCUGCAGUGGCUGCAGCAGGCGCGGGGGCCCAGCAGCAGGUGCAAGACGGGGCUCCUGUUCCGGCAUCAGACGUGACGGCCGCGUUUGCUGCUAGCCACAACAGGGCCAGCAGUAGCGAUAGCGGCGGCAAUAGCUACGGCGUGGGCAUAGAAUGUUUGGGCAGCCAGAGCCGCACCGCCGUGGCCUCCAUUGAGCUGGUGUGGGAGCGCGCCAACAGCGUGUCGCCACCUGCGACUGGGGCACUGCCGGCGUCACCAGCCGGAGGUUCCGGGAGCCCUGCACCCCCAUCAAACGGGGAUGCAGACCUUGCAGCAGCAGUUCCACUGAGCGGCUUAGGUUCAGGCGGCGGCGGUGGCCCGGACGCCAUGACGCUGGUGGCUGGCUUCCACGGCUCCGACUUCCUGCUGGUGGGUCUGUGCCCCGACCCACUACAGCUGCUUCGGGUACCCAGCUGCGGCGGGUGGCGUCGCACACACGCACUGCACCUGGCCAUCAGUGCCACCAGCGCCGCCUCUGCCGCACAGCAGCAGCAGGGCGAGGCAGGCAUAGCAGGUACCGGUGUGGGGCUGGCGUUCGCGUAUGUGGUGUCAGAUGGCAGCAUCAAGGUUCUGCAGAAGGGUACGCCGCCGCAACAGCUAGCGCCAGCGAUUUCAGCGCCGCCGCUGGCAUCCAAAUCCGCGGCAUCGUCGUCAGGACUAGCCCCGCUCGUAUCGGUUCGCCAGCCGCUGCCGCGCUCACUGCACGUGGGGCACCAUGGCAGGGAGGUGCUGUGCAGCUGCAUCCUGACGCCAGCGCAGCUCCCUGCCAUAGCGGCCGAGGCGCAGCUCAGCAGCGACCAUGCCGACAGCGGUGCGGCUGCGGCCCUGCCACCUGUGACUGUGCCACAACCUCUGGUGCUCCUGACGGGAGCUGAAGAUGGCAGCAUCCGCCGCGUCACUGCGAUGCCGUGCAGCCGCCACAGUUGCGCAGGGGGAACUUCCACGGGGCCGGGAUCCAGCGUGGACUGCGACCGGCGUUACGCGCUGUGCUUCGAGGACGGGGCGGUGGUGGGUGAGCACGCGGCCGGCACCGCCGUGCGCUGCUUGGAGGCGUGUUCGCUACCGCCCAAUGCUGCGGCUGCGCUAGGCGUGGCGGUUGGUAGCGGCGCCGGGCGCCGUGCAGCAGCCAGCGCUGAUGCUAAGGGUAGCAGCAGCAGUAGCAGCCCUAGGGAUGAUGCGGACGACAGCUGCAGCAGCAGCCAAGCUUACCUAGUGGUGUCUGCGGGCGUGAAAGAGGUCAUGAUGGCAUGGCUGGUGUGCCUGGAAGGUGUACAGCCACAGCAACAGCCGCAGCAGCAUGCGUCGGAGGAGCAGGAGCGGCCGCAGCCGCAGCAAGCUCAGGCAGCAGGAAAUGACGCGGGGCUGCGGGUGUGGAGUCGGUGGCUCAGCACACAGCCACCGCGACAGGGCCUCCGGCCAAAGUCACUGCGUGUGGCGCAGCCAGCACCUUCAGGAGACAGGCGGUACCUGGCGCUGGCGCUCCUAGGAGUCUCCUGCAGCAGCACCGCCAGCCAUGUCGGAGCUGCCAGCAGUAGCCCAGCCGCAGCAGGCAGCGGCGAUGGCGACAGCGGGGAGCCCACCGCGCUGUUGGCGGUGUCUUCCUCGGACGCGACCGCUCGUGUGCUUCGCUGGGGCCUCUGCUCUCGGACCUGGACCACGGUGGCGGGCUUGGCCUGGCACCAGCAUCCCGUGCUGUCACUGGCGCACAUCCCGGACCACUCCGGGCUUGCGGCCAGCAGUGGCCGCGGGCACGGAGGAGCAGGUCUGGGCGGGGGAGGCGCGCCUGUGGCAUGCAGCGCUGAUGCCACCAGCAAAGGUGCUACUGGCACGGCGGCAGGUUACUGGCUUGCCAGUGGCGACACGGCCGGGGACGUGGCAUUGUGGUGGUUGCCAGCCUCUCUCCAUUGUGCCGGGGAGCAACAUGAAAGAGAGCUGUGCCCGGUGCUGGUGGUGCGCGGCCUCCACCAAUCGGGAGUGAAUUCCCUGGCCUUGGCGGCACUGCCGCGCCAGACGGCGCUGGCGAGUACCGCUGGUACAGCAGGGUCUACGGCAGGGCAAAGGCAGCCUGCUGCCAGCUCCAUUGGCUGCGGUGCUGACGCGUUUUCCCUCGACCUCCUGCUGGCUAGCGGUGGCGACGAUCAGGCGGUCACGCUGGCAGUAGUGCGAGUCACCUCCAGCUGCUCAGACCGCUACCCGUCCAGCUCCAACUCUCCAACCAGCUCAGUCUCCACCUCCGCAGAUGACAGCGUCCCUGGCGCCGCCAGGGCGGAAGGAUGCUGCGCCCAACCGCUUUGCGGAGAGCUGGUCGGUGUGUGCGUACGGCCAAUGGCGCACGCUUCGGCGCUGCGACGGGUGAACCUGUUCACACAUCUGGAGCUGAACCCUCCACAGCGUGGCGUCCUGCAUGCUGGUGGGUUGGGCGCUGGCCGCGGUGGCAAAGCUUCCGACAUGGGCUUAAUGUGCAGUGUGGGACUAGACCAAGUGCUCCGCGUGUGGCAAGUGGGGGAGCUACUACAGCAGCCUAAGCAGCCGUGCGCGGCGGAGAGCCCUUGCAACAGCAGCCUUGCCAUCGACCACACCGGCGGAGAAAUCGGUGGAUCGCCACGUAUUGCAGAGACCCGCCGUACCCUGCCUACAGCUUCGCGUAGCAAUCUUUCUUGCACGGCAGCGCCGCAGCUGACGGUGCUGCGAUCUGCCUGGUCGCUGGAGGGGGUCGCGGGCCGCUUCGCCAGUGCGGCGUGCAACAGGGGUAGUCUCCAAGCUGGCGCCAGGCCAAUGUUGCUGGAGCCGCGGGCAGCAGCGCUGUUGGACGUGCCAGAGCCCGCGUGCGUGUGCAUGCAGUGGUUGCCAGAAGAGUUUUGUACGUCUGUUUCCAGGGGAGCAAGCGAGGCCAGUGUGCGUUCCCCGGCGAAAGCUGGUGCCAGCCAGAGGAACGUGGCCAUUGCAGUUGCAGGACGAGGGCUGCAGCUCCUUGAGUGCGGCGGCAUCUGAAGUAAGCAAGCAUAGCAUAAGAUAUGCAGCAUAUCGGUUCGGGAAAUAGCUCCUGGUGGCUAUGAUAGCAGGUGUUCAGGUCCAGACAAUCAAGCAUACACUUAUUUGUUUGUUAGGGUUUAUCCUUACAAGGUUGACGGGGGGCAUACACGCUCGCCCCCUACUGCUCGGCACAGAGACCCGACAGGCGACAGCCUGGUCCCAGAACCCCGACAUAGCAAGAGAAGCAAGAGAACACUCGGAAGCAUCAUUUGUACAUGCGGCUAUACCGUGCAUGCCAUUGGAUUGGCGCCUGCGCCAUGGUUGCCUUUGGAGAGGAUUGCGAUGGGGUGCUUAGUGCUGGUUCCAGUAUGCAGGCGGUUUCGCUGAGUGCUAGCGUAUUGGCUCUACGCUUUCGCCUGGGCCCCGCUGGCGGUGCUUUCUGGGGUGCUGUGGGCGCUUAGGUAGCUCGUACGUACCUGAGAUGUGCUCAUCAUUCGUGUUUGAUGCGGCUUCGUUGAGGGUUUCCUGCUUUCUUGCUGGUUGGUAAGCGUGCUUGCAUACUUCCUUCGGGUGGAACCCUUACUUCCUCCGAACGUCCCGCAGCAUGGCGCUUGCCCCUUUGGUAUUCGUGUCGCUGCGGCGGCCGCGGAAGGCGGCGUCACUGGUGACACGUGGCAGAGCCCGCCGCCUACAGCAGGCCCAGCGGUGGCCCUCAGAUACUAGUGCUUGUGACGACCUGGGGGACCAUGGGGUUGGGCAACGGGGUAGUUUUGGGCACCAGGAAUGCCUAUGUCUAUGCCCGGCUUUAAGGGGGAGGCUCCGUCCCUUUGUUUGUGGAUUGGGCGGUUUUUCUUUAGGAAUCAUCCUUACAGUUGCCUCAUUGCUUUUUUCAUUGUCUCUGUGCCCAGCAGUAGCGUGUCUGCCCCUGGUCCACUCUGUAAGGAUGAAGCCUAAAAAUAAAC